UUUCACCAGAUCGUUGGUCGAAUCAAGUCAGCACAGUACCAGACAACGUGAAUAAAUGUUCAAAUUUAACGAAAAACCAAAAUACAGAGCUCACGAAGAUACUUUCAUCCUACUACGAAAAUUAUUUUAUGAAUAUGGGCACACAAGAAUUUACAAAAUUUUGAACAAAUAUAACAUAUACCUCCAUCUUUGUGUCCACUUCUUUCAGUUUUAUUACAUAUAUCGACAUCCACAUACAGAUAUGCUUAAAUAUAGCUCCACGUGGAUAAUUAUGACUUUUGUGCUAACGUCCAUGAUCUUGUCCAUAGUUUUGGACAAACGUAUCAACAAAGUCUACGAAGCAAUGGAAUCUAAACUUUGGUCAAUCCAUAGUGUCAACGCCCACGUUUCAAAAAAAAUUAAAAACAAAUCAAAAAAAUUUAACUACUUGUUCACUUACACACUCCUCGUUGUUGCAGGCGCUCUAGGAGUUGUCCACCUGGCAAUAUGGGGAAGUCUCGACGAUAUGUACUUAAGUGUUUUGACUUUCAAAGCUUUUUUUGGCUCAUGGUCUACAGUUAUUGAACAUUUUUACUUCUGCACUUUUUUGUUUGCAGCCUACUCAAGCAUUAGGCUGCCGUUUUUAUUGCUGUACUCGCUAUUGCAUCUAGAAAUUCAAUUUUUUCUCCUCAAUGGACACAUUCUGUGUAUUUCGCGUAACGUCAAGGUAGAAAAUAUGCACGACUGGGUUAUCCAAAAAGACAUAGAAAGGAAAAUUAUUUUUUGCAUCAAGCAGCAUAUAGCUUUAAGAAGAAUUAUCAUACAACUGUUCGAUAUAAUCAAAAUAACAAUGCCAAUUUUUCUUUUUUUGGCUUGUUUGGGUUGCGUUGCUCUCAUGGUUCUUAUUCUCGUGCAUUUGCAAUCUCUCCACGCCAUCUCCUUAGUUCGCUUAUUUUUUAUAGUUUGCGCAAAUUUGUUGAUUACAUGGACAGUAUGUGAAGCUGGUCAAAGAAUCAUUGAUGAAACUGGCGCUACUUUCGACUCAUUAGUAAAAUGCCCUUGGUACAGCUGGAAUACCAAAAAUCGUCGCCUUUUGGUAAUAUUUAUGUUAAAUUCUAGAAAACCUGUUAGUUUUUAUCUGGCUGGAAUUACCGUGGAUUAUACACUAACUGUCAAGAUAUAUCGGAUUUCUUUCAGUAAUGCGUUGGUUUUCUAUAACCUCAACCAAAGUUCUUUAUUUUAAUUCGCUAUGUGUUGCUGCUGCAUAAAUAUACGUAUAUUUAUUAUCAUCUUUUUUUAAAUUGAUUGCAUAUUUUCUUUUAAACCAUAAUCUCGGUCGGGACAAGCGUACGUACAGUUUUAAGCAAUAUAUUUUUUUACGAAUAGGUACUCCGUCCAGAGCAAGUUUGUUUAUAGACGACAGGAUUUUUUAGUUAGUACCUGCUUAGACAAGACUAAUUUUGGCAAAUGAUACUUUUUAAGAAAAUAGGCUUCUGGCGGCACAAUAAUACGUAGUAGUAAGCGAGGAAAGAUAAGCUCCUCCGUAGUCUAGUGGUAAGGGCACCCACCCGGCAAGCGGUAAACGUGCGGUUGGAUUUCCACCGGAGAAGCAACAUUUUUCUUCGCUUACCUACAGGCCAAUACUUGCUAAGAUAAGAUUGAACAAUAUUAAGAGUAGUCACUAGAAUGAAGAAAAGGGGCAUGGGUGGGACUAUUUCUUGCUUAUCGAAGGACUCCGCAAGAGAAAGUUUAACUUAUUCUUACUCUUUCAUUCACUGUAAUUUCAUAUAAGAAUAUAUUUGAAACUCGUUCAAAACUGCCACAGAGUUAUUCAAAGUUGGGUUUUAUUAGAUACAAAAUGUGCGUGGUAACUAACUACGAGUACACAUUUUUAACAUUUCGGCUGCCAGUUCUGUUUUUCUUUUUUGCUUAAAUUGCACAUCAUGGCUUAUUUCUAGAUAAUCCAACACAUUUAAUAUAACUUGUUUUGUAUGACGACUAAUCGUUUCAUUGUUCAGAAUUAAGUAGAGUAGUAAAACGUUAAAUAUGACAUAAAAUUUCUAUGAAAGUGCAUAAUAUAGAAAGAGUAAAAGUUUUACCCUGGGUAUUUCCACCACUAUAAUAUUUGUAGCAAAUGUCAUAAACCCCUUAGCGGGAAGAUGUUGUAGGGUUAUAUACUUUUAACACAAAAAAAAAUGAAAUGUAUAUUACUUGUAUAAAUUAAGAUAUUUGUAUAUGUAUAUAACAAUUGCAAUUAAACAUAAAGGUAUUUCAGUUGUAGGAACCUUAUUCUUGUACAAUACUCAUCAAAAACAAAAAAUAUACGUUGUAUGUGGACUGGUUUCAUU